AUGCAAGCAGUACUGUCCGUCCAGGAGUCUCCUUGUUCUCGAGCGCUUUCCAGGCUCGAGACCCUACCCCCUGAGAUCCGCUACAAGAUAUUUGAUUACGUUGGAUAUCCAGUAGGAUCACACGUCUGGGUAGAUUGGCGAUCCCUACUCAGCAAUGGAGAUUCGGAAGAAGACUUUGAACAACGCACCAGAAUCAUUAGCGCCACAGAGGGCAACAACCCAUGGAAGCUCCUCGCCGUCAGCAAGACCAUCCGGUCUGAAGUCCUAUCUCUCCUCUUGGGGCGCGUCCUCGUUAGAUUCGACUACGAGCUAAGCACUCGACCGGUGCAUUAUCACAACCCGGACGAUGACUCGGACUGCGACUGGGACUUGCAUGAGACAGGAGAACAGGAACUCGAGACAAUCACCUAUCACCGCAUGUGGUUCCCGACCUCCUGGUUCGCAGCGCUCACCAUCGUACACCUCAGCGACUCCAUCGGCCACGGCAACGCCGCUAGACGACCCGGCUACCCCUAUAAUCGUAGGUCGUACACGCACCGCGUCCUUCGCAAGCAGGCUAGUACGAUCCGCUUUAUUGCAAAGCACUGCCCGGCGCUUGUAAAACUGCAGGUCGACCUCUUCCUUAGGCGACGCCAAAACUCCGUCCUUGCCAUUGGUUAUCCCGCGAGGGAUCCGAAACGCAGGGUUCUUUCCCGCCUUCUGCGGGCCUUCCUCAAAGUCGUUAGGAAUCGUCCCGAGUUCGAGAAACUGGUUAUUCCAGGACAGAAGCCUAGUGAGGAGCGCCAGACGCUGUGGUUGAAGGAUAUGCCGAUGGAGAUGAGGGAGGAUAAGGCGAAGGUGUGGGUUAAAGAUGUGAUUCGAAGGUUGGCUGCUCUGCCCAACAUGUAUAUCUCAUAG